AUGAAUUUAAAAGAACCUUUGCCUUUCCUUAGUUUAAGAUUGAACGUUAUAGGUCAUGGUUUUGAAGUAAAGGAUGCAACCGGAGCACAGAUAAUGAAUAUUAAGAUACCGAGCAAUACCGUAUCGUCAUCAUCAAUUGGCAAAAUUGUUCAUCCGCUCAGUACUACAAUUUAUAAGGUGCUGUAUGACAAAGUGGGGACAAAUAAUCAUCGUUAUCGAGUGCAUCAUCUAUCAUCAGAUCGAUCAAUAAUGAUUGUCGAUAAGAUAUCAUUAUCAAUAUAUCCAGUACUUAAAAUGAUUGGAAUACUAGAAACUGAAUGCAUAUAUCAAUUCAAACGUAUGGAUGGUAUUGAAUUGGCACGAGUUUAUCCUAAAAUUGCACUAAAUGGCAGGACGCUUAUUUUAAAAUAUGAAACAAUGCAACUUGACAUGCAAAUGCGUGCAGUAAUCAUGGGUGCAUCAUUAAUGCUCGUUUUGCAUAAAGUAUAUCCGGAUAUCCGGAAUGCAUUAAUCGCAUCAACAGUAAGGACUGGAAGUAUUGAAGCGAAGAUCAUUUAA